ACAGUUGUGGUCUUUUAACUUUCCUGUGUUAAGUGUCAGAAUGAGUGACCGCUAUCUAGAACAAAGGAUUAGUAUCAAAUUCUGCGUGAAAUUGAGCAAGUCUGCGAGUGAGACCCACCACCUUUUGAAAGAAGCUUAUGGGGACGAAGUCAUGUCAAGGGCGCGAGUUUUCGACUGGCAUAAAAGAUUUAAAGAAGGGCGGGAAGAUGUUCGAGAUGACGCCCGAAGUGGUCGUCCAGUCACCCAUCGGACGGAUGAAAAUAUCCAGAAAGUCAAGGACUUGGUUUGUUCAAACAGGCGGCUGACGGUGAGGAUGAUCGCCGAAGAGUUAAAUUUAGAUAAAGAAACCGUUAGGCUCAUUCUGAAAGAAAACUUGAAUAUGAGGAAAGUUUCUGCAAAAGUUAUGUCAGGUAUUUUGAAAGAGGAACCUAAACCUCGGAGAUUUGACUUUCAGUCUGAUCUUUCAAAGGAAAGUAGGAAGAAUAGCUCGUGUGUAAGGAAAAAGACAAGUUCUGACACGUGGACUCAUCUCCAGUGCGAAGCUGGUGGGGAACUAACCCUGCCCGUAUCUCAUCCCCAGAACCACUACCCUGCCAGCCAGCUUCUGCAGGCUUCAUCAACAAGCCUUCCCACCAGGACAGCUCAGGAUUGGUUCACACCCUGGUGAAAGGAAUGUGAGGUAGCUGAGCCUGAGCUAGAAAGCUGCCUCAGGGUUAGGCACCUUCAUAUGCUACUCAUCCGUUUUCAGCCUUUACUGCUCUUUCUCGACAUUUUAUGGCCCUCCUCGUUACUCUUGCUGGACUACUGGGCCAUCAUCUUCCAAUUUUGAGGAACUUUUGGCUGUUGACUUAGGAUACUUGCUUGUUCUCAGUUUCUUGUGCUUAACAAGUUUGGAUCUCCUCACUGCCCAAAUCUUAGCUUGUUGCGGCUGUCCUGUUCCUGUGUUCUCAACAUUUCUGCCUCAGGGGAUCAUACUAUUGAAAGGUGGGAACAGGACCUCCCAGAGUCCUUCUGUGCCCAAGAAGGCAUAUUCUGGGGAGGACCCCAAAAGAAGACCUACAAUUCCAGCCUGCUUCACAGGCCGGACCUGAGGGCUGGAGUGAGCCUUCCAAAGAUGCUGGACCAAGACCAUGCUGGAGCAUAGGGUACCAGAAGCAUUGUUGGCCCAGACAGGGUUUGGACACAGCAACUGGAAGCAGAACUCCUCUUCCAUGUGCUCACAGUAACUCAUUGUUCAUUGAAUACCCGGCAACAGGUCUGACCUUUGCCAGAGACCUCUGUGCUGCGGUCAUGAAGCCUCUCCAACUGCAUGAAUAAUUUGAGGACUGUAUGUUCCACUUAAAUUUUAUUAUCCUUUAGACAGAUCUGUAUUGGUAGAAAAAACGCUGGCAGUGUUGGAAGUGUAAAUUGGCAACAGCUUUCUGAAAAGCAAUUUGGCAGUAUCUAUCAGGAGGUUUAAAAAUGUUUAUAUCUUCUGAUCCUCUAAUUUUGCUUCUGGGACUCUUUCCUAAAGAAAUAGUCUAAAAUGUGGGCAGAAUUUAUGCUUAACAAUCUAGAAGUCCAACAGCAGAAAAUUGGUUAAAUAAAUUACAGUAUGACCAUACAAUAGACUAUUAUGUAGUCAUUAUAAUUAAUGUUUAUGAAUAGUUAAAAGAGCAUGGCAAAAUGCUUAUAAUGUUAAAUGAAAAGAGUGGUACACAGGAUAGUAUAUAUAAAUCCAAAGAUGUUUCUUUUUAAAUGACUGAAACAGGUAGCUGACUCUGGGUGGUUGGGGUAUAAGUGUUUUUUUAAUUUUUUUGCUUCUUCUCUUUUAAAAAUUUCUCCAAAAUAUUACCACAUUUACUAUCAGAAUAAAAUGGUAGCACCAAAAGGUGUCAAUGGAGACAGGCCAAACCUCUAGUUUGGUCCAUGAACAGUAAACUGGCUAGGUGGGCACGGAAGCAUUAUGAUACUGAAUUGGUAGCAAGAGUGGGACAGAAGGGGAAAGGGCCUGCCAAGGAGCAUGCGAGUGACCAGAAUCCCUACAGAAAAACCAAGGUGAGAGAAGUUAACCAUGAGUGGCAUGUUCCUGUGGCAUAAUCUUAGAUAAAUAAAAGAACACAUAAGUCGAGUAUGUUCUGACAAUGGGAAAGGAUAUGGAAUACUCUCCCAAGCAAAAUUAACCUCAUUCUUUUAUUCUUUCAUACAAAGUGAAUAUUCUCAAGAUGGAUUUUAUCACAGUUAAUUCUCUGAAGAAUUCUUGAGCCUCCCAUAUCAUUUUUUUAAGGAUAGGAAUGGCUUUUGAUGUGCCAAGCUCUACCUCCUCCCACACUAGGACAUUCAAGCAACACGGAUGUACAUGGGAAUAUUUGGUAUUCCACACUGAUAAUUCCACAGCAUGUCAUUAGUCAUCCUAAUGUUGUAACUUGCAAAAAUAAAGUUUGCAAAUGUUAUUUUGAUGAA